AUGGCUUCUCUCCAACGAUCACAGCAAUACCAUGUCUUCUCUCUUCCACAAGAGUUCUUGGAUACCCUUACCCUCAGGAAUCUCGUAAAUCAACCGCCCGUUCCUAGCCCACCAUCCCCAGAACCCCUGAUCACAUCCACCAGCCAAAGAGCGUGCGGAAUCUGCCUUGGUGUCACUUUCCGCGAUGUCGACGAACAAAGGCUUCACUUCAAGUCCGAUUGGCAUCGGUACAACGUCAAAAUGAAGAUGAACGGCGGGAAACCUGUCACAGAGGCCAACUUUAAUCAACUGGUAGACGGUCUCGAGUUAGACGAUUCACUUUCGGGAUCGGCGUCCUCUUCAGAUGAAGACGAUGAAGACUCGGAUGCGGUCAACGCUCUCGUCAACAAAACGAAGCAGCUGGGAACACGUUCUCCUUCUCCAGACGCCGCCAGACAAGCACCUCAGACUGCUCUCGCGUGGUUCCACUCUCCUCCUUCCACUCAGAUCGGCGUAUACAGGGCCCUUUUCCCCUUGAAGACGGAGCCUUCCGACUAUCUCGACGCACUCCGUAACCUCCAAACACCAAAGAGCGGCGGACGGACAUGGGCGGUAUUCAUGGUUGCAGGAGGACACUUUGCUGGUGCAUUAGUUCGCGUUAGCAAAGAUGCGGACGAGGAAGACGAAGAUGAUACCUCCAAGUCGAAGAAGAAACCGAAGAAGCCCAAGCCAGACAUCGAAGUUUUGCGACACAAGACCUUCCAUCGAUACACAACACGUCGAAAGCAGGGUGGUUCGCAAUCAGUCAACGACAACGCCAAGGGACCUGCAAAAAGCGCUGGUGCUCAGCUGCGGAGAUACGGUGAGCAGGCGCUUCGAGAGGAUAUCAGGAACCUUCUCAGUGACUGGGCCGAGGAUAUCGACGAAUGCGAAAGAAUUUGGAUCCGUGCAAACACCUCCAAUCGAAGAAUAUUCCUCGACUACGAUGAGGCAGUCAUCCGUAAAGGCGACGACCGACUGCGAACUUUCCCUUUCCCAACACGGCGACCCACCCAAUCCGAACUGACGCGGUGCUUGAAUGAACUCACCAAAGUCAAAAUCACCCACUUCACCGAAGACGAAUUAAAAGCUCAAGACGAUGCAUACCUCGCCUCUCUUCCCAAACCCAAGCCUGUUCCUACAGCACCCUCGGCGCCCACGGAGCGCGAAAAGCCUCAGCCCGUCAAGCUAUCCAAGGAGGAGGAGCUCCUCCGCGACAAGUGGUCACGUUUGCUCGAAAUGGUCAGCAAAGGUCGGCUGGAGCCUCUGAAGUCGUUCUGGGAGCGCGAGAAGGACAACAUCGGCGGAAUCGACACCCCAAUCCCAGAAUGGGCCCACGAGAAGGUUACGACGCUACUCCAACUCGCAGCGUCGGCCGGCCAUGUCGAUGUGGUCCAAUGGCUUCUGGAAUCAGCUCGCGCAGAUCCGACUAUCCCCGUUGGCGCCCCCGGUUCGAAGCAGGAUGGUCUUUCCGACGCGACCGACCCUGCGACCCAAUCCGAUGCUGGGCCAUCUCAUUCCUCUGUUGGGCCCAACCGGACUGCAUACGACCUCUCCAAGACCAAGGCCGUCCGCGACGUUUUCCGCAGGGUCGCUGCCACACAUCUCGACUGGUGGGAUUGGCUCGGGGCUGGUCACAUCCCGAGUGUGCUGUCUCAAGACAUGGAGGACGAGCAGGAGCAGAAGAAGAAGGUUCGGCGGAAGGGGCUGAAGGAUAAGGUGAAGGAGAGGGAGGCGAGAGAGCGGGAAAAGCAACAGGAGAGACCAGCAAGUCCGCCAGUUGAUCCGGCGCCAGCACCAAAGAAAGAGACAUUGUCCAAUGCUCAUGUGCAUCGCCUUGGUGGUUCAGCAGGAUCAACUGAAGGAAUUGCUGGCCUCACACCUGAGAUGCGGAUGAGGGUGGAGAGGGAGAGGAGGGCACGAGCAGCAGAGGCUCGGUUGAAGGCGAUGGCAGGAGGGAAGUAG